CAUUGCUCGCCGUCGCCUGUACUCACAAGGAACAAUAACAAAUCCAAUAGGAUAACGGAGCUCCUAGUUGAGCAUCUUCAAGUUUCCAGGUUAUGGACGGAAAAAAAAUGGUUAAAGGUGGUUAUUUUUCUAUGUUUAAUUGCGGUUUCAACUGGUAGAGAAUUCAAAGUGAAGGCCAAGAACAAGCAUCAUGCAGCUAUCUACAACCACACCCUUGCCACCAUAUUAGUGGAAUAUGCUUCAGCAGUCUAUGUGUCCGAUUUGACAGACUUAUUUGCCUGGACAUGCUCAAGAUGUAAUGGUUUAACCAAGGGAUUUCAAAUUCUAGAGCUCAUUGUUGAUGUGCAACGAUGCCUUCAGGCAUUUGUAGGUGUGGCACGGGAUCUUAAUGCCAUUGUUAUUGCAUUCAGAGGCACUCAGGAAAGCAGCCUACAGAAUUGGAUUGAAGAUCUAUACUGGAAGCAGCUUGAUAUAUCUUAUCCAGGAAUGGAAGAUACAAUGGUGCAUCAUGGAUUUUAUUCUGCUUAUCAUAACACGUCAUUGCGUCCAGGAGUGCUAACUACUGUUAAAAGUGCGAAAGAGUUCUAUGGAAAUAUUCCAAUUAUAGUGACUGGACACUCAAUGGGAGGGGCUAUGGCUGCUUUCUGUGGCCUGGAUCUCACCGUGCAUCUUGGAUGCCAGAAUGUUUCGGUUAUGACAUUUGGACAACCACGAAUUGGUAAUGCUGCAUUUGUGUCCUACUACAGAGAACGGGUCCCCAAUACAAUUCGUGUUACAAAUCGUCAUGAUAUUGUGCCUCAUUUACCCCCUUACUAUCAAUACUUCCCUCACAAAACUUAUCGCCAUUUCCCUAGAGAGGUCUGGCUUUAUGAUCUUGGCUUUGGAAGUUUAGUUUAUACAGUUGAAAAGGUCUGCGAUAAUUCUGGGGAGGAUCCUUCUUGCAGCAGGUAA